AUGUCUCGUUUCAUUAGUAAUUACGAUUGUCUACUUUCUUCUGAUGAUGAGUUGGAAACAAUUGUAACUGCCUUUUUAAUUGAAGAUUCAUUGGAUGAUGAAGAAGGUUCGCGAUCACAUAUCAUUCCCGGCAAGCAACGACGUGUGUUUAUUAGGAGAAAUCCUUUGGAGGGUCACAUACGUCUCUUCAAUGAUUACUUUGCUGAUCCAUCGGUAUAUCCUCCUAAUAUAUUCAGGAGGAGGUUUCGAAUGAAUCGUGACCUCUUUCUUCGAAUUCUUAAUAAUGUGGAGAAUCAUGAACCAUACUUCGUUCAAAGAAGAAAUGCUGCUGGAACUCUUGGGCUUUCUUCUUUACAAAAGGUGACUGCCGCCUUGAGGAUCCUUGCUUAUGGAGUUGGAGCUGAUCUCAUGGAUGACGGUAAUCUCAAUCUUGGAGAUGAGUACUUGCGGUCUCCAAAUAGCAAUGACAUUGCUAGAUUGCUAGCAGUCGGUGAGAAACGGGGAUUUCCAGGUAUGUUGGGGAGCAUUGACUGUAUGCACUGGAAAUGGAAGAAUUGUCCGACUGCAUGGAGAGGUAUGUAUACUGGUCAUGCACAUGCGCCAACAAUUAUUUUGGAAGCAGUGGCAUCUUAUGAUCUUUGGAUAUGGCAUGCAUUUUUUGGUUUACCUGGGUCACAUAAUGAUAUCAAUGUGCUGGAAAGAUCUAAUAUAUUUACAGAACUUGCUGAAGGUCGUGCUCCUAAAGUUAACUACUCAAUCAAUGGCCACGAUUAUACUAUGGGAUACUAUCUUGCAGAUGGAAUCUAUCCUUCAUGGUCUACAUUUGUCAAAACCAUUCCAACACCACAAGGUCGUAAAAGGCAAUUGUUUGCAUCAGCUCAAGAAUCUACAAGGAAGGAUGUCGAGCGAGCAUUUGGAGUUCUACAGGCACGCUUUGCAAUUGUUCGUGGACCAGCACGAUAUUUUUGUCAAUCUGUACUGAAGGAUAUUAUGAUGGCGUGCAUAAUAUUACACAACAUGAUCGUUGAGGAUGAAAGAGAUUCUUACCUUAGAGCACAUGACUUUGAUUAUGACCAAGAAGAUGAUACAAACCUAGAACCAAUUUCCCAUUAUCCCACUUCUCAAUUUGUGGAUUUUCUUCAACGUCAUCGCGGCAUUAGAAACAAAGAAACUCAUUCACAACUACAAUUUGACCUUAUUGAACAUCAAUGGAUGCUACGAGGUGAAGAGUGA